UAAAAACUAUUAAAAAUGUCAAAUUUGCGGCGCCAGGCUCUCAGCGCCUUCAAGGAGCUCCAUCGCACGCGCCAGUACGUGUUUGAUGGCGACGUUCGGGCUCUGGAAGAGGCGCGUAAGAAAAUCAACGACGAAUUUCGACAGAACCGAGCUGUGACCGACCAGGAUGUGAUUCAGAGCAAGAUCAAACUGGCCGAGGACUGUGCCCACGAGCUGCGGACCAAUGUGAUUCAGGCCCAGCAACGAGAUGACGGCGUAUAUGAGCUGCGCAUAACGCCAGAGACGACGCGAAUGGACAAUAUAGUCUUCAAUCCGGAUGCCGUCAUCGAGUCGCCGCGAAAACGGCGCGGUGCGAAGGCCACAGAAGGCUGCUGUGGCGGCGCGGCGAUGGCGGCGCUCGAUGCGGAGGUGGCCGCUCGGAAGAAAUAGAAAACAAGAAAUAUUUUAGAUGUAGUCAAAAUCAUGUGCAUGUUCCAGUCAAGUAAAUCGCUUUAUU